AUGGACCUUACAUCGCUUGCAGAACCAGCUAUCGACAGAGGUCUUUUACCAGACAUUUUGCUUCGACGCGGAAUCAGGCAUCUACUCGCAACCAGAGCUCAAGAGCUUGAUGGCUUGAGUGUCGAGGAUCAGGAUGAGCGAAAGAUGCAGGUCGUUGCUUCUCUUCGCAAAUCCGAAAUCGCAAUCAGAACUGAUGCUGCCAACGAGCAACAUUACGAAGUACCUACGGAUUUCUUCAUUCAUUCUUUGGGUCCAAAUCUAAAGUACUCUUGCGCCUUAUUCAAAUCUUCUACAACAACUCUUGAGCAAGCGGAGAUCGCCAUGUUGGACCUGUACAUGCAAAGAGCAGGAAUGGUGGACGGCAUGACCCUCUUGGAUCUCGGAUGUUGGGGCAGUGUAUCCCUUUACGUCGCAUCUCGCUUCCCGAACUCGAAAGUUCUGGGAUUGAGCAACUCGUCAACUCAACGAAUGCAUAUACUUGCUCAAGCCAAAUCUAGAGGCCUAUCGAACGUCGAAAUCAUUACAGCUGACAUUAAUACCUUCACUGAUUUCGGUCCUGGAAAGCGCCAGUUUGACAGGAUUAUCAGCAUUGAAAUGUUUGAGCACAUGAAGAAUUAUGAGGCCUUGUUUGACAAGGUAUCCUCUUGGCUUACUCCAUCGAGCGGCAGACUGUUUGUCCACGUAUUCUGCCACAAGAACCAGCCAUAUCAUUUCGAAACGGAUGAAAAGAACUCAUGGAUGGCAAAGUAUUUUUUCACUGGCGGUACCAUGCCUUCUUUAGAUCUAUUUUGCUUCUUUCAGAAAUCCCUCGAAUUGGUUGAGAGAUGGAGCGUCAACGGCCAAAAUUACGCAAAGACUUGUGAAGCCUGGCUGGUGAAUCAAGAUAACAAUAAGGAAGCAAUUCUCAAAGUUUUCAAGGACACUUACGAAACGGAUGAACUGGCUUACGCUUGGUUCCAACGCUGGCGAGUUUUCUACAUUGCUUGUGCCGAGUUAUUCAAUUAUGACAAUGGAAGAGAGUGGUUUGUCGCACAUUAUCUAUUUCAACCAAAGGCUUGA